AUGAGCUACUACUACCAGCUACCAGUGGUGAUCGACAACGGCUCAGGAGUGAUUAAGGCGGGCCUGGCUGGGUCGCGGGAGCCCCAGUUCGUCUACCCCAACAUUAUCGGCCGGGCCAAAGGACAGGGCUGGGUAGCGGAGGGCGCGCUGGAAACGUGUGUAGGUGACCAAGCGCAGGAACGGAGAAACUCGUUGUCCAUCAGCUACCCAAUGGAACGUGGUCUCAUUACUUCCUGGGGGGACAUGGAGGUCAUGUGGAAGCAUAUCUAUGAUCAUAACCUGAAACUAAAGGCCUGUGAUGGCCCAGUCUUGAUUACGGAGCCAGCACUGAACCCACUGGCCAACCGGCAACAAAUCACCGAAGUGUUUUUUGAGCAUCUGGAGGUGCCUGCCUUUUAUAUGUCCAUUCAGGGGGUGCUGGCUCUCUUUGCUGCUGGCUUCACAACUGGUUUUGUGCUGAACUCAGGUGCUGGGGUUACCCAGUGUGUGCCCAUCUUUGAGGGUUACUGUCUGCCUCAUGGUGUCCAGCAGCUAGAUCUGGGAGGCCUUGACCUCACCAACUACCUCAUGACACUGUUGAAGGAGCAGGGCAUCAUGCUGCUUAGUGCUGCAGACAGAAAGAUUGUUGCAGACAUUAAGGAAACUUCUUGUUACGUGGUAAUGAACUACGAAGAGGAAAUGGCCAAGAAACGUGAUUCUAUAGAGAAAGUUUACCAGCUACCUGAUGGGACGAUGAUCAAGCUCUAUGACCAACUCUUUCAUUGUCCAGAGGCCCUCUUCUCUCCACGUCUUAGGAACCUUCAGACCCCUGGCAUCGAUAGGUUGUGUUUCAACAGCAUAAUGAAAUGCGAUACAGAUCUAAGGAAUUCGUUUUUCUCCAAUAUUAUCCUUGCUGGGGGAUCAACCUCUUUCCCCGGUUUAGACAAGAGGCUAGUUAAAGGUGUAGCAAAUAUGGUACCUGCCAAUACACCUGUGCAAGUUACAGUUCCCCCAGAAAGGAAACUAUCAGUGUGGAUGGGAGGCUCUAUUCUUGCAUCCCUGUCUGCUUUCCAGGACAUGUGGAUCACUAAGGCAGAAUUUAAAGAAGUUGGACCCAACAUAGUACAUCAAAGAUGCUUCUGA